CCGGCGGGCCGCCGCGCUCCAGACUCGCCGAGCUCCCGCCGCGCGCACAGCGCUGUCCCUGGAGCUCGGAGAAGCUGCCGGGGGCCGGAAGAUGGCGAAGCGCGGCGCGCGGCUCUGCGCGCUGAGCGCACUGCGCGCGGGUGGCUCCCGGGGCCCCGCGCCGCCGCCGCCGCUGCUGCUGCUGGCGGGGCUGCUACUGCUGGGCGCGGCGCGGGCGCGGGCCCCGGCGGACGGAGGUUUCAGCCUGCACCCGCCCUACUUCAACCUGGCCGAGGGAGCCCGCAUCGCGGCGUCCGCGACCUGCGGCGAGGAGGCCCCGGCGCGCGGCGCCCCGCGCCCCACCGAAGACCUCUACUGCAAGCUGGUGGGGGGUCCCGUGGCCGGCGGAGACCCUAACCAGACCAUCCAGGUGAGCGCGGGGCGUGGAAGUGGGUACACCGCCCCGAUGGCAUUUGAACCCGGGCGCCUGGGACGGAUCGGGCUCGGACUCUGA